GUGUUUUUAGAUGUUCUAAGCUGGAUGUUUGGUGGUCUAAAUGUGUUUUUAGAUGUUCUAAGCUGGAUGUUUGGUGGUCUAAAUGUGUUUCUAGAUGUUCUAAACUGGAUGUUUGGUGGUCUAAAUGUGUUUCUAGAUGUUCUAAGCUGGAUGUUUGGUGGUCUAAAUGUGUUUCUAGAUGUUCUAAGCUGGAUGUUUGGUGGUCUAAAUGUGUUUCUAGAUGUUCUAAGCUGGAUGUUUGAUGGUCUAAAUGUGUUUCUAGAUGUUCUAAGCUGGAUGUUUGGUGGUCUAAAUGUGUUUCUAGAUGUUCUAAGCUGGAUGUUUGGUGGUCUAAAUGUGUUUCUAGAUGUUCUAAGCUGGAUGUUUGGUGGUCUAAAUGUGUUUCUAGAUGUUCUAAGCUGGAUGUUUGGUGGUCUAAAUGUGUUUCUAGAUGUUCUAAGCUGGAUGUUUGGUGGUCUAAAUGUGUUUCUAGAUGUUCUAAGCUGGAUGUUUGGUGGUCUAAAUGUGUUUCUAGAUGUUCUAAGCUGGAUGUUUGGUGGUCUAAAUGUGUUUCUAGAUGUUCUAAGCUGGAUGUUUGGUGGUCUAAAUGUGUUUCUAGAUGUUCUAAGCUGGAUGUUUGGUGGUCUAAAUGUGUUUCUAGAUGUUCUAAGCUGGAUGUUUGGUGGUCUAAAUGUGUUUCUAGAUGUUCUAAGCUGGAUGUUUGGUGGUCUAAAUGUGUUUCUAGAUGUUCUAAGCUGGAUGUUUGGUGGUCUAAAUGUGUUUCUAGAUGUUCUAAGCUGGAUGUUUGGUGGUCUAAAUGUGUUUCUAGAUGUUCUAAGCUGGAUGUUUGGUGGUCUAAAUGUGUUUCUAGAUGUUCUAAGCUGGAUGUUUGGUGGUCUAAAUGUGUUUCUAGAUGUUCUAAACUGGAUGUUUGGUGGUCUAAAUGUGUUUCUAGAUGUUCUAAGCUGGAUGUUUGGUGGUCUAAAUGUGUUUCUAGAUGUUCUAAGCUGGAUGUUUGGUGGUCUAAAUGUGUUUCUAGAUGUUCUAAGCUGGAUGUUUGGUGGUCUAAAUGUGUUUCUAGAUGUUCUAAACUGGAUGUUUGGUGGUCUAAAUGUGUUUCUAGAUGUUCUAAGCUGGAUGUUUGGUGGUCUAAAUGUGUUUCUAGAUGUUCUAAGCUGGAUGUUUGGUGGUCUAAAUGUGUUUCUAGAUGUUCUAAACUGGAUGUUUGGUGGUCUAAAUGUGUUUCUAGAUGUUCUAAGCUGGAUGUUUGGUGGUCUAAAUGUGUUUCUAGAUGUUCUAAGCUGGAUGUUUGGUGGUCUAAAUGUGUUUCUAGAUGUUCUAAGCUGGAUGUUUGGUGGUCUAAAUGUGUUUCUAGAUGUUCUAAGCUGGAUGUUUGGUGGUCUAAAUGUGUUUCUAGAUGUUCUAAGCUGGAUGUUUGGUGGUCUGAACUGGGUUCUUUAUGGUCUAAGCAUUUUUAAAAGUGUUACAGGUUCAGAUUUCAGAUUCAUAAACAUUUCUUUGAAUUUCUCAGUCUGAGGUGUUCUCCUUCAGUGAGUCCUGCACCAGGACACAGACCAGGUUUUUGUCUCCACCUUGUUGAGAACUUUUUCAGUCAGACUGGAGAACUGAUUUAAGAGGAAAACACUGAGCUUCAGUUUUCUGCAGAACAAACUGAGUGUGUUUCAGUGUUCGCCACGCUCUCCUCCCUCGCCGCUGUGCUGUCCAAACACAGACGCUGCAUGACAAACUGUGUGUGCGCCCACAGCAGACGAGCCGACGAGGGCCAGAAAUCAGGUUUUAUGAGUUGUUGAGACAUCAGUUUGUAAAGACCAGUCUUCUGUAAAUGGAGU